AGCUUCUCUCCUCUUCUCUUUCUUUCACUCUGCCGUCUACACUUCUUUUCUCCUCCCCUCCCCCUGCCUCGGCCCGCAGUGUUUGCUCUUCUCCCGGAUGCGGAUGAAAGGGUUGGCCUGCCCGUGCCCUGCUCUACCCAAGUUCUUGGAACUGGGGACCUGCUUAAUGGCUGAGGGUUCCGGGACUCAGGCGCCAGGUCAAGGGCCUCCUAUAAACAUCCAGUUUCUUCGUGCCCAGUAUGAAGGUCUGAGGAGACAGCAGAGGACCCAGGCCCACCUAAUGGUGUUCCCUAAAGAGGGGACCAUGCCUACUCCUGCUGAAUCAAUGACCAGUGCUGUUUGGAUUAACAAGGAGAGAAGGAGCUCAUUGUCACCAGAGGAGACAGACUCCGAGGCUGAGUGGAUGCCAGAGGAAGCAGACAGAAGUUGCCACCAGACUUCUGAAACUCCAUGGCACACGUACUUAGAGCUGCAUCGCUUGGUUCAAACCUUCCACCUGGAGGCCGAAGGUCACCAAGGGAACCCCAAGGGAUACCUUGUGGAGCCAGAACCAAGGUUCUCACCCAAGGGAGACACUGACGUUUUGAAAAACAAUCAGAAGACACAGCAGGAAAUCAAAAUCCCAGAGGUAGCCCAGUGUCAAAGUCAGGAGGGCUGUGCCCCACCCCAGGUAGCAGGCUCUAGAGCUCAGAAUCUUUCUUCCACAAAGAACUCAAGGUCUGGAAAACCAGCUUACUAUCCAUUUCCCCAGAGGAAACCACCCAGGAUCUCCCAAGCUGCCCGGAACCUGGGCUUAUAUGGCCCACCCUGAAACUUCCCACUAAACCAGCUAUGUCAUCUGUGUGGCCACUAACGCGGAACCAUGCAAAGCCACAACCAGAGCCCUGUACAAUGAGCAACAGUUGGACCACCUCAGUUUUGGAAUCAUGGGAAGUGAGCUUCUUAAUGGACACAUGUUUAUUUUCCUUCUAAACUCAAGAGAUUGCCCAAGUCAGACUGAGUACCGUUAGGAUGAAAGUGCUCUCUUAAACACCAGCCCAAUGUUAAUCGUUCGCUAAGUAACCCUAAUGUGCCUCUGUGGCUGGGACCAGUGCAACCCUUGGUCCUAGAAGUGAAGCAGGACCUUUAGCCAGUGGGAUAUCUUCACAGUGUCUGGGAGUGGGAGUCAAGGGUUAUAGGAACUCCCCUCCCCUUCCCCAAUCCUUUCUGAUCUCUGAGAACUUAGCCCCUUUCUUUCUGGUUCCUCUGUCUGGGGACUUAGAGACAAUCCAGUUAGUGGUGCUCACAUCUUUCCAUCUUGAGCCUCCCAGACUGUGGUUAGCCUGGAUAAGGAGGGCGAGAGAGCCCCACAAUACCAUUCUGUGGGUGUAAGGAGUCCCUGGGAAAGGAUGGUUUCUUUUACCUGUCAUUACAAACCUGUUUCCUGUCAGCCGAUCCUUCUAAAUGUUUUCUUUUCACUG